GUUUUACGCUGUCAAAACAUUUGCUUAAGAGGGUUGUGAGCACUUACUACUCACCUGGAAGUAAAGUGUUCAUCUCGUCAUGGGUUCUCGCUCAACCAAAGUUGCGGCGGCCCCGCACGUGAAGGCUGCUGCCUCACCGGUCGCACCUGCUCAACAGCAUCACGAAAGAGGCAACCACACAAACGAAGCUGGACCCGUUGCAGUUUCAACACAGCCUUGCGACCUCAACGUUCCACCGCGAACAACCACCACCUCAACACAGCGGUACAGUGAGCCAGCGCAGACAGCAGUUAUGGCUACCGAACUGAACACGGAAGGUGUACGGCACCUGGACGCCUUCGAGAGAUUUCUUGCCGAGCGCGACCUGAUGGCAAUCGGUAUGGACUAUACAGCGCUCGUCAGUCCAGUUCCGAUGGAGCAACUCCCAAUGCUGCAUCUACCUGUACCAUCAGAGUCGCAAGGGCUCGAAGAGCCAGAGGUACAAUGCAUAGCUUGCUGCACGCAGCUACCAGAAGAGAAUGAUUCAAUGUAUGCGCAAAAGGUUAUCAAGCCUUGCCGAGCAUGCAACAGCGCGUACUGUAUCUCAUGUGUCAAGAACAUGUUCCUCGACGCAUGUAAAGACUCAACUCGAAUGCCGCCACGCUGCUGCACGCAAAUCCAUGUUCACCACAUGAAGUCCCACCUGACUGCUGGGGAGCUUACCGAGUACAAAGCGAGAUACGAGGAGUGGAGCACACCAAAGCCAUUCUACUGCCCAGUACCAACUUGUUCGACAUUCAUUCCGGAACGGCUACUACCACAGCAGGCAGGAACGAAAAGGGAGCAGAAGGUGGACUCUAGUGUUGAGACACCAACCUUGCCUACUUUCCAGUGCCCCAAGUGCGAGGGCGGAAUCUGCACUGACUGCCGACAAGUAGUCCACCCUAACAGCCUCUGUGCAAGUCUGGAUCUUGGAGUCGAUGCAGAUACCGCAGCCCUUCUCAAAGCAUGGGGAUACAAGCGUUGUCCAAAGUGCAGCCAAGGACUGAAGCGAAUGUAUGGUUGCAAUCACAUGAAAUGCAGGUGUGGCGCGCACUUCUGCUGGGGUUGUAUGAAGAGCAGAGAUGAUUGCGAAGGAGGUUGCAAUGAGGAUGAAGAUGAAGAAUUCAGCGGCUCUGAACCAGAUGAACCUGAACCAAUUUCGGGAUCUGACGACGAAACAGCAGUAGGAACACAGAUCACAACCUCCGAGACAACAGAGUCUGUUACAAAAACACUUGAAUCAGAUUCAACAGGGACCACUUCCAAGCAUGCCCUCCGUCCACGGAAUCUCGACGGUGGUGCAGCUCACUAUUGGGAGCAGCAAGAUCUGGACUUUGGCGAAGAGCCCACGGGCGAUGUUCAAGACAAGUUCUGGGAGUGUCAUCAUGGAUUCGAGCCUUACACUAUCUCACUCACAGAGGCAAUUUUAAAACACCCGUCGAUGCUCGAAAUGGAGUGCGUGAAGUGCUGGCGUGCUAUACAACCUGACAUCGACACUCCGCCCAAGCCAAAGACUGCCCCAGAGCCAGCAAAGAUUCCACAAACUGGCGUUAUCACAAGACGAGGUAGCCCAAAUCGCGUCCGCGGUCGUGGUGCUCGUGUUGGUGGACGUGGUACCGUAGCCCGACUUCGUCCUGCAGCAUACGUGCCUCCACGCGGCCUGAUGCGAUCAGAUGCCACUGUUGGUACUGCACCACAUCUAACCGUACAACUGCUACAUGUUGCCGGACCCUCUUCACGGCUGCGUGGCGAUCCAAUGGAGGACGUACAGUCCGAAAUAGACGAUGAUAAAGAAAUCGUCUUGGAGCAUCAAACUUCGAACAUCUUCAGCACCCCUUCCAUUACAUUCAGCAUAGCACAAGAAUGCCACAGCUGCAGCCUACUAGUCUGCAAAGGCUGCGCAGACUUAUUGCUAGCCCAACGAGAGGCCGAACGCGCAGCACGAACCGCAGACUUCGAAGCUCGUCAAGCAGCACUCAUCGCUGCUGCAGCCGCCACAAACGCUCAAGGGUCGAAUGAGGCCCAAGAGUCGACACAGGUACCAACUUCACCCAGCCUCGACGGGCAGUCGCCUCCUUUGCUGCUCGACUGAUCGAUUCCCAGCCUUACCGUGGGGCCCCCAGGGGGAGAUCGGCUGCACGUCAUGUCUGGGAGGAAAUCUUGCUCGUGGAGUUUCUGUUACUUCAAGCUGCGGUAGUGUAUUUCAUUGCGGGAUUCAUUACAUGUUUCAUUAGAGAGGUCAUUGCGAAUGAAUUUGGCAUUGCCAGCAUGGCGAGGCUUUUUAACUGUUCUUCGAUUUGCACGACAUGGCUAGUUGGUAAGUAUGUUCUUGAACGACACAUUUGUUUCCCGUGAAGUGCUUCCUGUCUCCACAACACAUAUUCGUGUUUCAGAGCCUUCGUUUCACCUGUUCUUUUCCGUAGCAUAUGCGAUUGGUAUUAAUCUACCUCUGUUCGACUGCAAGUAGACUGUCGUUUCCCUCCACUA